AUGCGUCUGCCUGAGCAACCUGGAGAGGGGAAGCCAGACAAUGAGGAAAAGGGGGACCCAGCAGUCCCCCACGGGGGCGAAGAGCCACCGAGGAGCCAGACCCCCAACUUCCCCACUUGGCAAAAGAUGCCGUUCCACCACGUGACUGCUGGCCUGCUGUACAAGGGGAAUUACCUCAACCGAUCCUUGUCUGCUGGCAGCGACAGUGAGCAGCUUGCUAACAUCUCGGUGGAGGAGCUGGACGAGAUCCGAGAGGCCUUUCGCGUUCUGGACCGAGACGGGAAUGGCUUCAUCUCCAAGCAGGAGCUGGGCAUGGCCAUGCGCUCGCUGGGGUACAUGCCCAGCGAGGUGGAGCUAGCCAUCAUCAUGCAGCGCCUGGACAUGGAUGGGGACGGCCAGGUGGAUUUCGACGAGUUCAUGACCAUUCUUGGCCCCAAGCUGGUGUCUUCAGAAGGUCGUGAUGGUUUUCUUGGCAACACCAUUGACAGUAUAUUCUGGCAGUUCGACAUGCAGAGGAUAACUCUGGAGGAGUUGAAGCACAUUCUCUACCAUGCCUUCCGGGACCACUUAACCAUGAAGGACAUCGAGAACAUCAUCAUCAACGAGGAGGAGAGCCUGAACGAGACCUCGGGGAACUGUCAGACGGAGUUCGAGGGAGUGCACUCCCAGAAACAGAACCGGCAGACCUGCGUCCGGAAGAGCCUCAUCUGCGCCUUCGCCAUGGCCUUUAUCAUCAGCGUCAUGCUGAUCGCAGCCAACCAGAUCCUGCGGAGCGGCAUGGAGUAG